AGCUGCUGUUCAAACGCAGAAGAGAGACGAGAGAAGAGUUGUCAGCAGACUGAAAGACAGAUUGUUAUCUCUGAACUUUGACUUGCAGAAUAGAGUAGACCAUUACAGAAAGAAACAGAGUAAAGAACAAUAGAAUAGUCAAUAUCUUGCAUAAGUGAGGGUCGACUACAAUAUUUACAAAGAUAAUUAGACAGAUUUAGAUUUCUCCUGCCUGAAGCACUGAAGGCUGCAAUGGUUGGCAGUGUGUGUGUCGCUGUGACUCUCCUCAUCUGUGUUCUUGGAGGCCAAGCACUGGACCUGCUGAGGGCAACUGCAACAUCAGGGUAUGGUCUCGCCACUCCCAUAGUGCAUUGCUGGUGUGCAAGUUAUCCAAACGUGACUAUUUGUUCCUGGCCCGAACCUUCUCACUCCCCACCAACACACUACAUUGCCACCUACAGCGAGAGACACAGACAGCCGGUCACCAAGCAGUGCCAUCUCAUCCAACCUGGCUCUUCAUCCUCUUCUCUGAUAUCAGCAUCGUCAUCCUCAUCUGAACGGCUCUGGCACUGCCACCUGCCCAACCUGAAGCUUCUCACCAACUACAUCAUCAAUGUCACAGCAGUUUAUUCUGGUGGAAGCACCUCCCAUCUAUCAAGUUUCAUGAUGGAGGAUAUAGUGAAACCAGAUCCUCCCGUAGACAUCCGGGUUUCCCCUCAUAAUGCCAGAAACUUGUUGGUGGAAUGGUCUCCUCCCCCUACUUGGGCUUACCUGGACAUCCUCCCCUUAAAAUACCAGAUACUCUACCAGUGGGAAAACAGGGGCAGCCCAAAGUCUGUCAAUCUGGGUCCAUUUGAAAGCACCAAAGUUGAGCUGAAGGGGUUGACACCAGGAAGGCCCUACCUGUUCCAGGUGUGUGCGAAGGAGCUGCUUGGUCUGGGCGAGUGCAGCGACUGGAGCUUACCUGUAAAAAUCACCAUACCAAGAGUGAAGCUGUAGAGGCUCCCUCUCACUUCCUGUUUUAUUCACCCCUCUUCUUUUAAGCUAGCAGUAAAGUAAAACUGAAGAAUGCUGACAGGUUACAUCUUUGUUAUUUUAGCUGCACAAGCAAUGCAAGCAAUAGUUAUUUAUAUUUUGUUUUAUUUAUAAAGGAAUAAAUGGAUAUUAUCUGUAUAGUGUACAAUCGCCAUUUACUUUGAAAAUUUUACUGUCCAAGUAUUUUUUGUAAUACUGUUGGUUUGUGUUGGUUGAGUCGUUUGGAGCAACUGAUAAUAUAGUAAUCAUCAGUUUUUAUUUCAACAGUUUAUGACCUGUUUUGACGCUGUUUAAGACACAUUUUACUAUCUUUUUAAUCAUUGUGUGGCAGUUCCACAUUUGUGUGAAAAAUUUAAUAAAAACAAGGCAUUCCUAUUGAA